AUGUCUCUCAAGGCCGGUGACAGCUUCCCCUCGGACGUCGUGUUCUCCUACAUCCCCUGGUCCGAGGAGGCCGGAUCCAUCACUUCCUGCGGUAUCCCCAUCAACUACAACGCCUCCGCCAAGUGGGCUGACAAGAAGGUCGUGCCUUCACUCCCGUCCGUCUGCUCCGCCAACCACGUCCCCGAGUACAUCGCUAAGCUCCCUGAGCUUCGCGCCAAGGGUGUCGACCAGGUCGCCGUCCUCGCCUACAACGAUGCUUACGUUAUGAGCGCCUGGGGCAAGGCCAACGGUGUCACCGGCGAUGAUAUUCUGUUCCUUUCCGACCCCGAGGCCAAGUUCUCCAAGUCCAUUGGCUGGGCUGAUGAGGAGGGCCGCACCUACCGCUACGUGAUCAUCAUUGAUCACGGUAAGGUCACCUACGCCGCCAAGGAGGUCGCUAAGAACUCCCUCGACCUCUCCUCCGCCGCCAACGUCCUCAAGCAGCUGUAA